AACUAGUCGCUUGUUCAAAACAAAAGAAGAAAAUGAGAAUUAGCUUGUUAGUAUUGUCCGUUAACAAAAAAAAGUUUCAGCUUCUGUGCGUAUUUGGCGGUACAGUAGACUCACGUCCAGGUACGUGUUUGCUUUUGGUUUCUUUGAACUGCUUUAAGCUGCAUUAGUGAGCAGAAAGCAGAAGUGUGAGCUGGAGCUGCUGGUGUUCAGCCUCAGGAGAGAGUGGCUGGUUUGUAAGUAAGCUGCUUGUUUUCAUGUGUAUCUUCUAACCGGUUUACUUUCUCCCAGAUUUGGGAAAUGUUCGCCGUAGCUACUAAAAACUUUGUGGCGGAGGUGGAUAAGGGAGGUUUUCUGAUCCCAGCAUCCAGCUUGAACGACGCUGUUGGACUUUUAACGGUGGUAGUGAAACGUAAACGCUUCUGGUUCUGGCAGAAACCCAAAUAUCAUCCUACUGAUUUUGUCCUCGGGGACUUACUGAAAGGAGACGCACCUGUAAAGCCAGUUGUGGUGGAAAGUGACUUCAUCAAAUACAGUGGGACGUAUGGCGACAACAUCCAGGGGACUGUGGACGCCAGCUUUGCAAAGGUCACCAUCAGUGUGGAGGGGAAAGACUCCUCCAAACUCCAGUCGUCUUUUGGGAGUUUGAAGAAAGAGGAAGUGGAAGUGCAAAAGUUACUGCUAGACUGCAAAGACAGUGUCCUGGACAUGUCCCACUGGCUGAUCCAGCAGACAAAGGAGAAGCACAGACAGGUGUUUGGGAUCGUGAAGGAGCGCAUUGUGGUCACUCAGCCAUGUUCAGUCAUAGAGGAGGUACAGCAGGGUGGACAGUGUGGAGGGGGGCUGACCUCCUGCGGCCCCAAGAGCCAUAAAUUGGCUUCACUGAAGGAAAAUGGGAAUUUGAACAAAGACAGCAACGUUACCAUGGAGAUUCCUACCCACACUACAAUAGCCUAUGGCCUUAUAGAGUUAGCGAUCAAACAGGAUGGACACUUUGAGCUGUGUCUGAUGUCAGACACCAAUGGAGGUUUUGAAGUGGACGGCAUGGCAAAAGACCUGGUGGGUGUGGCAGGAGCUGCUGUCAAGACUUCAGGGAACCACGUUCUUCAACAACAGCUGGAGGACCUAAGAGGUCAUUUCCAGCUGCUUUCAGCUCUCCCACCGUCCACCAGGUCCUCUCUGCUACAGCAGAUCUCAGAGCUCAUGGAGCAGCCUGGGGCCAUCGGUGGGUUUCAGACCGUUCUGGACCAGAUGUUUGUGGAUAAGAAGCCUGGGCUGGCUGAUUUUGACUUGACAGAAUCUCAUCGUGGGAAAAUCCAAAAUGUUCUUGACCUGUUGGAGCUUUCUAGUGAAGUGGAGUCGAGUCGGAUGAAAUCAGCCCUCACAGCGCUGCAUCUCAUGAUCAGUGCUUUGGAUGAGAUGACAGAGGAUCAUCUGGCUGCCCUGAGGAAAUGCAGCAUCCCCAUGGCUUUACGGACUCUGGAGCCGCUGGUGCAGUGUGUAUCAGGAGGUAGAGAGAUGACUCUGAGCAGCUCUGAUCUGACAGAUCUUUAUGAGACAAUCGAACAUCUGUUUGCAUCAUUCCACGUGUCCCUGAAGAGAGAAAGCAACGUGGUGCGGGCAGAAAUCCAUCAACAAAGUAACCUUCCUCUGGUUCUGUGCAUCACCAUUCGGUGUCUUGCUUCGUUGACCCAAGGUUGUCCGGAAGCCUCCGUAUGCACGGGUGCUGAUCAGGCACAUUUGAGAACAGUCUAAAACUGAAUACAUACGUUUUGUUCUCGUCAUUGUUUAGUCUGAAAUACUCCAAAUAUAAUUCUCAGAGGGAACGCCCACUUACAGUGAGGAACGUAAGAAUUUGAACGAUUUUGCAAGUUCUCCCACAGGGUCUGAAAUGUACAUUAUAGGUGUCAGAAACAGCAUUUUAAAAAUCAGGUAAUCACAUUGAAAGAGUUUGUAUGUGUUGGAUUUUCUGAAUUUAAAAUCAAAAGCUUUGCUGGCUGAAAAUGUAAACUUUUGUCCAAAUUUUCCAUUCCACAUUUUAGAGAGCACUUUAUUUCAUGCUUCUUAAUGUUUAGUUUUUUUUAAAUUCUCUACUUUGUGUUAAUUUCAUGUUUUAAGACCAAUAUAAAUUGGAGAAACAUUGAGUUUUGUCUCAAAUUAAUUUCUGUUCAAAAGUCUAAUUGUAAAUAUAAAGAACCCUGGAUUUUCUUAUAAAUCUAAAAAGUUUGUGUUCAAUUGACUUUAGAAUGGAUUGCCUUGGAAAGCAGCUUAAUAAAGUGCUAUUAAUA